GGGGCGGGCUGUGCGUGUUGCCUGACGAAUAAAAGCUGUAGCCUAUAGAUCUGUGCAAGGCUUUUUAACCGGGUACAACCAGCCAGGCUUAAAGGAAACAUUUCGUCUUAAAUUCAGAGCCGAGGUUAUAUCCGAGCGAUAGGUCUGUAAAGCAAAGCAAACAUGAGCGACAAGGGGACAGUCUCACCGAAGGAGAAGGAGGCGCCGGAGAAGAGGGGGCGUGGAAGACCCCGCAAGCAGCCCCAGGUAAAGACCUCUGACGAGGCAAGUGGGUCUCCUACUCCAAAGAGGUCCAGAGGACGGCCGAAGGGUAGCAAAAACAAGUCCUCCACCACCAAGGCCAAGAAGGCGGCAGCUCCGGCUGCAGGAGGAAAGCGCAGGGGAAGACCUAAGAGAGAGGAGAAGGAAGAAAAGGCGUCCCAGGAAUCAUCUGAGGAGGAGGAGGAGGAAGAGGACCAGUAAUUCACAACGCAUGCUACCUCACUUCAACAUACUGACUUACUGUUAACCAGAACUGGGCUUUAUCUCCAACACCAGUGCCACCACAUGACCACUGUUCACGACAAAGCCCUCUUUUGCCAGAAAAGGUGGGUUAACACAGUUCAAAUAAUCAUGCAACAGCACUGGAUAGAACGAUGGACCUUGCUCAAGCAUAGAUCUAAGAAUUACAUGAAAGGUAACAGCCCUUUUCUCUACAUGUCAUGUUAUCACAAGUCUUUUAUACUGGACAAAAGCGUGCUCCAAGGAGCCCUGGACGUUUCCGUUCCCCCCCUUAAGACGGUUUGUAGGAACUCUUCUCUGCUUAAUGUUACUUAUUUGUUGUACCCGCAUCUGAGAUGGUAGGGCAUAUAGAUUUUUCUCCAUGUUUUGUACUGGACAAAGGUGAAUUUUACCUAUACUUGCUGUUUUUUUUGGUUUUUUUUGUGUGUGUGUUCGUGUGAAGUGGUUAACCUAUCCUUUGCGUCGUAUUAUAGAUGGAGUUGAGCUUCAGCGUUUAGGAUGAGAAUAGGUAACAGAUGGUAGGGUUUUCUUUUCCUCCCCAUUUCUAAUCUGCUUAACUGAUUUUGCCCCCGUCUCACCAGUAGAGCAGAAGCAUCCUUACCCCCCUUCUCUUUAGGACAGUUUAGACAUAGUUAUGCUUCUCAGACUUUCUUCGCGGUCCUCGGCGUGUAGUGGGGAGAUGUAAAAGUGUAUCGUUAGUAUGAUCAGACUUACUGUUUUUCCUUCGGGUUACAUACCAUUUGAAAAAAACAUGAGUGUGCUGCUUUUUCAUGUCAUAAUCUUUUUUUUGGUAUAAUGUGUGUUUUUAAGGAUAGGGGUUGGCAGAGUUCUAGGCUGAGAGCAUCAGUGUCGUUUCUUCAGGGAGCUUUUACAAAAUUGCUGUUACAUUUUGUCUUCACACGGUCCUUGGUCUCUAAGCGCUCACCCAGUCACUCGUUAAGGCAAAUUGCAAUUGGUCAAACACAGUUUGAUUGUAACAGAGGAUAGUCAGUGGCACUGCUAUCCCACAGGGCUGUACCAUUCCAUCUGGCUCUCACAGCUUCACCUAGCUUGGUCCUUCUGUCAUCACUUAGUACAGUAAUAUACUUUUUCUUAGUCUUUUGAAGAUGUGUGUUGUAUGCUGUCUGCUACGAGGAAAAAAAUGUUUUGUGUAUUUCUAAGUGUCAGGGAACCCGCAGUCACAGUCCACUUAACUGGGUUUUUCCACACACCUAAGCUGCUACAACCUCAGUUACGAAACCCGGAAAACUGCAAACAGGCGAUACACGGCCUGGAAUUUCAUACCUCACUCAACAGCUUACUCUAUAAUUGCAUUUAACUGGUUUUCUGUUGUUUUAAAUGUAACCUCUGGCAUGAGUUGGAAAGAUGUCGUUAUUACAAAUCAUGUUUUUUUUUUUUUUUUUUUUUUUUUUUUUUACCUGACUGAAAUGAGGUAUCUGAAGUUUGUGAUUGUGUUCGCACACGCAGCACAGUCAUGCCUCAUUCAUAACCGGAGCUUGCAGACAGGUUGUUUUUUAAAAUGUGUGAAGCAAGUCAGGGAGACCUGUCAGCUUGACAACUGCGUUCGCUGACUGUGGUAGAUUAGCAGGUGUGUUUUUAUUCUUCUGGUGCACUGAAAUGUCGGUUCAGAUUUUCAUGGACAAAUGUUUGUGUGUUUGUGAUUCGACUGGGCGCUCUUUCCACUUAACCGUUCCCUCGGCUGCUGUGUGUUCGCCGCACGCGGCCACCCCUCGCCAUACUCAUACGACGAUCAUUUCGUGUCUUUUUUUCAACAUCCUCUGGACAAUAUCGGUGUCAUUUUUACAUACCAACAUCUUGCAUCCGUUCAUUUAUAUACUGUAAACUCAAUAGGAUGGGAUCAUUCUUUUUAAUGUACACCGUAUAUAAAUGUACAAUGUCUAUAUUUCUAUGGUGCCCUACAACGAUUUGUAUCCGAAAUGGUCAAUAAAGAGAAUUUUCUUUGUCAA